UUCCUAGUUUCUUCUACGAGAAAAUCUCACUUUAUCUUUGUUGCUUAAUCCUCUCCCACCCAAGUUUUCCUCUGCUUUCUCUCGUUUUUUUUAUUCUAUCCAAUCCUAAAAUUCAGAUUCAGAAUAUAAAUAAUAACAUCGCUACUCUUGAAUCACGCAUACAGAUCGAUAAAGAUAUUCUCUUUUCACUUGUUACCUUGUCAUUUAUUCAUUGGGUCAAUCCAGUCGGAUCUCAAUUCUCAUCAGACGAGACACUAGUGUAGAGAGCUCAAUUCCUGUGUCAUUCAUCGCCUCUCGUUGUUUGCUUAUUGUGGAAUUUACUACUUCUCUGUCUUUUCGGGUGAAUUCUCUAUGUCUCGGAUUUUCUCUAGAUGGAAGAACGUGAAAGAGAUGGCGAUGAUUUCUUCUGCAGAGACUCAGUUCGCUGUUUCUGCAAGAAGUGGUCAUAAAUGGACGAGCUUCAAUUUUCGACUCAAUCAGGUUUGCCCAAUCUCGACUCACUUAAACUAUUUUCCCAUCGCCACCCCUAGACGACGGGAAUCCUUCAUCAACGUUCAGGAGCGGUACAAGUGGGAUCACGGUGGCUCCGGCGAUACUCGCCAUCGGAAUUCCCAGGCCCGAAAGAUUCGAGCCGAUGCUAAUUGCCCACGGUGCGCCAGGAACAUGGAUGUAUUUUUCUCCAAUCGCCAUUUUCCCAGUUCUACUUCUGAUUCCAAUUUGAUUCCUUCGGUUCCUCUUCAUGAAGAAGGAGGUUAUCAAACUAUGAAUCUCUGCCCCAAUUGUAAAACAGCUUAUUUCUUCCGCCCGCCCUUUGAAACUGCUCCUAUCCAAGGGACAUUUGUGGAGAUUGGUCGGGUCUUAGAUAAUAAAGUUAAUAAUACUAGUAGUAAAUUGCAGAAGAGGAUAUCCAAUGGCAAAGUCAAAGAUGACAGAGAAACUAAUAAUAGCCAUGGCAGUAACGGUUUGGCAGAAGAUUAUGGCCAUAGAAGUAACAGCAGUAAUGGGCUUAGAGCGACAUUCUGGCAUACCUUACGAUCCUAUAGUGAUGGAGAUGGUGGAGAACCGCCAGAAACUUGGUCUCCCCCACCUGGUUCUUCUAAUGGGAAUGGGAUUGCUGUGCAUACUCCUCCAGGUCCGCCUUUUGCACCUGGUGUUAAUGUUGUUCGGGCUUCAGGACCACGGGAGGGUGGUUCAAGUGGUGGAGGUGGCGGUAAUGGCGAAAAGACAACAUGGGAGGGUCCAAUUUGGGUAAGGAUUUACCCACACCAAAGGAGAUCUGCAAGGGUCUCGAUAAGUUUGUUAUUGGCCAGGACAGAGCCAAAAAGGUGCUUUCUGUAGCUGUGUAUAAUCACUAUAAAAGAAUACACCAUGCCUCGUUACAGAAAGG